AUGUCUGUUUUAUUGGGUCUGGGUUCCUUUUUGCAAAAAUCUGAACCCUGAAACCCACCGAUAAAAUACACAUCGAAAAUGGUAUAGUUGAUACCAGAUCAAAAUAGCUUUGUAUAGUCCGAAUGCUCUCUCAAUCAAAAGAUUUCAACACAGACACAGCAAAAUUGAGGUCUUGAAACACUUGAAGAAUGGCGAACUCCUCAAUAAUGGAGUCACUUUUCCAGCGCUCAUUAGAAGAUUUAAUCAAGGGAAUUCGGCUCCAUUCCCCAGAAUCUUCAACACCCAUUUCAACUUUUCUCUCAAAAGCCAUGGAAGAGAUUCGUCGAGAAAUCAAGUCAACUGACCCACAUACCAAAUCCGCUGCUCUUCUUAAACUUACAUACCUUCACUCUCUUUAUGGAUUUGACAUGUCUUGGGCUGCUUUUCAUGUUGUUGAAGUCAUCAGUUACCCGCAAUUUUCCCUCAAAAAAAUUGGAUAUUUAGCUGCCGUUGCUUCUUUCAACGAAUCCACUCAAGUGCUUCUUCUUGUUACGAAUCAAUUCAAGAAGGAUCUUUCGAGUCACAACGAUUUCGAGGUGAGCCUUGCACUUCAAUGUCUCUCAGUUAUUGGUACACCAGAUUUAUGUUGUGAUUUGUGCAAUGAUGUUUUUACAUUAUUGUCUAGUACUAGAAUUUAUGUUAAGAAGAAGGCAAUUGCGGUUUGUUUGAGACUUUUUAGCAAGUACCCAGAUGCUGUUAGGGUGUGCUUUAAGAGAUUAGUUGAUAAUUUGGAAAGUUCUGAUCAACCUCAGGCUGUUUCUUCAGUUGUUGGGGUGUUUUGUGAGCUUUCUUUGAGGGACCCAAAAGCUUAUUUGCCGUUAGCACCCGAGUUCUAUCAUAUUUUGCUUGAUUGUAAGAACAAUUGGGUGUUGAUUAAAGUGUUGAAGAUAUUCGCUAAGUUGGCAGUUGUAGAACCUAGAUUAGGAAAAAAGAUUGUUGGCCCGAUUUGUGAUAUUAUGCAGCGGACCAUGGCAAAGUCGUUGUUGUUUGAGUGUAUUCGAACUGUAGUUAAUAGUUUGAGUGAUCAUCAAUCUGCUGUCAAACUUGCUGCGUCGAAGAUUAGGGAAUUCUUGGCCGAGGAUGAUCCCAAUUUGAAGUACCUUGGUUUACAAGCACUCUCUGAUCUUGCUACAAAGCACUUGUGGGCCGUGUCAGACAACAAGGAUGUCGUGCUGAAGUCUCUUAGUGACGUGGAUCCUAAUAUCAAACUUGCUUCUCUGCGACUUCUCAUGACCAUGGUGUCAGAGGAUAAUGUGGCUGAAAUCACUAGAGUUUUGGUUAGUUAUGCCCUGAAGUCUGACCCUGAAUUCUGUAAUGAGAUCCUCAGAUCAAUACUGGUCACUUGUUCUAGGAACUAUUAUGAGAUUGUUUUGGAUUUUGAUUGGUAUGUAUCACUACUUGGUGAAAUGGCUAGAGUUCCACACUGUCAAACAGGGGAGCAAAUCGAGAGCCAGCUUGUUGAUAUUGGUAUGAGAGUAAAGGAUGCCAGACGGGAGCUGCUUAAGGUUGGCUGCAACCUAUUAACUGAUCCCGCUUUACUUGGUAACCCUUUCUUACACGGGAUACUGUCAGCUGCUGCUUGGGUUUCUGGUGAGUUUGUUGAGUUUUCAAAAAACCCAAUUGAAUUGAUUGAGGCUUUAUUGCAACCACGCACUAGUUUACUGCCACCUUCUGCAAGAGCUGUCUACAUUCACUCCACAUUUAAGGUUUUGGUGUUUUGCCUUCAGUCUUAUCUCUGGCAGCGAGAUGAAGUUGACGCUUCUUCCCUUGCCAAUGAUAUGACGUCUUUGCGAUUCAAUUUUAAAUGUGGACUGCAAUGCCCUGAAAACCGUGAUUUGUCAAUGUGUGGAACUAUUUCCAAUACGGGACAAGUGUUUGCGUCUCUUGUCAACGAUUCUGAUCGACCAAUUGGAGAUAAUGGUGAUGAUGGCAUUUUGCAAGAUCAGUGCUGUUUACUGAUGUCUGAAAAAGAAACUCCAACCAUAGACCCAGUUGUUAAGUUGUUAGAUCUGAUCGAAAAAGCUGUCGGACCGUUGUCAUGGAGCCACGAAGUUGAAGUACAAGAGCGGGCACGGAAUGUUCUUGGAGUUGUGCAGCUAGUAAAGCAAUAUGUCCUUUCUUGUUCUGGCCAGCAUGGCGAUGGAUCAGGGAAGAACAAACUUGAAGUCUCUGGAGUCACCACAUUCUUUGAUGAUCUUUUUGCAGAAGAGCUUGGUCCAGUCUCUGUAAAUGCUCAAGCUAGAGUUCAUAUACCUCAUGAUCUAACACUCAUGGAUAAUCUUGCUGAUUUGGACAUGAUUUAUAGCGACCUUCAGCUAAGUCCAGCGACUUCAUUUUCUCUUGGAAUAUCUCAUUGCAAAGAGAAAGAUGAUGAUAUCCUCUCCAAUGGGAUAGUUAAAGAAGAUUUAGAAACAUCAACUUCCGGAUCUCUUCUUUCUGAGCACCGCAAGAGACAUGGAUUAUAUUAUCUUCCUUCAGAGAAAGAUGAGACAGCAUCAAAUAAUUUUCCUCCUGCCAAUGAAAGUAAAUAUGUGGAGAAUCAGAGCAAUAAGAUGAAUGAUCUUGUGAAACUGACUGAGCAAUCGCUUACACUUAAGAAAAAGCCAAACCAUGUUAAGCCUCGGCCAGUGGUGGUUAAACUGGAUGAGAGUGAAAAUUUUAUACCCCCGAAUAAGUUAGAAUAUAAAGAGGACUUGCUUUCUGGUGCUGUGAGGGACGUUCUGCUAGGCAACACAGAAGUGUCUACUUCGUCAAAGUAUAGUGAAACUGGUAAGCCAUCUACUACAACGAAAGGGAAGGAAACACUUGGCAUUGAUGAUCCUUCUGAUCUGCUAGAUCAUUCUGUCGCUCUAGAUUCUGAGGUUAGUGAUCCGAGUUUGAGAAGAAGCAAGCAUAAAAAUCAUAGCAAGGAGAGACGACAUCGCAGCCAUGGUGAGAGUAGUAAAGGGUUAGAAGAAAGGAGUAAAAAGGAAAAGAAAAGGAGCAGUCAUCAUCGCCAUAGCAGACACAAAGAACAAGAGAAACAGGGUGAGUCCAAGAUUGCUUUACAAACACCACAAAUCCCAGAUUUCCUGCUAUAGUAGAAAACUUGAAUUGGAUGAUUUUUGUGUAUACCUUGCUUUCUGAAAUGAAAAAGUUUUCACUUAUCCGUUUUAAGGUUGAGGUGCAUCUUUGUGUUGAUAUUUUUUUUCAACUUUGGCAUGUAUUUAUCAUUCCAGGGUGUUUGUGUUAUUCCGUUGCUUCCUCAUGUGAUACAUGCACUUGUUUAUUCAUAAAGAAAAUUUUGAGUUAA